AUGUUGAAGCUUCUGCAGUCCUGCAUGGCUGGGACUUUCUUCUGCCAGAAGAAGUACAUUCUCACGAUGAUGACGUUUUUCGCCAUCUUCAAUCAGUACACGAUGCGUAUCUGUCUCCAUCUGGCCAUCACGGUGAUGACGGGCGACCGGAAUGAGACGGUGUCGGGCGUGACGAUCGCCGACGAGGACCACUUCGAUUGGGACGAACAUCAGCAGGGCGUGAUCCUGUCCGCGUUCUACUGGGGCUACACGGUUUCCCAUUUCGCGAGCGCCCUGGUAGCGGAUCAGUACUCGAAGCAUCUGCUAGGGCUGAGCGUUCUGGUGACGGCCAUCUUGACCCUGCUGACACCCCUGGCGAUCGAUGUUGGCGGUGCGUGGGCUUUGGUUGCCGUGCGGGUUCUCGAGGGGAUCGGCGAAGGUGCCACCUUCCCCGUGCUGAGUGCCCUCGUUGCCCACUGGAUACCGGCGUCGGAACGUGGCUUCUACGGUUCGUUCAUCUUCAGCGGAUGUCAGAUUGGGGCGCUGGUCGGUGGCAUCGGUACGGGUUACUUCAUUGCCGCGCAUGAAACCUGGCGUACGACGUUCUACAUUUGGGGCGUCUUGGCCGUCGUCUGGUACGUGUUGUGGCUGUUCAUCGGGUUCGAGAGCCCGGAAACGCAUCCCUACAUCGACGAGCGCGAACGGGCGGAACUGGCCGAGCGGUUGGCGGAGAGCAAGAAGAGUGCGCACAUGCUGCCAAUUCCAUGGCGUCGCAUCUUCUCCUCCUGCCCGCUGUGGGGCCUCAUUGCCGGCCAGAUUGGGCACGACUGGGGUACCUACCUCAUCAUCACCGAUCUGCCGAAGUACAUGAAGAGCAUCCUGCACAUUUCGGUCGCCGACAACGGACUCGUCUCGUACGCUCCCUUCUUCACCAUGUGGCUGUUCUCGAUCGUCGGCGGGUGGCUUUGCGAUCUGCAGAUUCGCAAGCAGUGCUCCAGUCGGACGAACGCCCGCAAACUCUGGACCACACUGGGGUCGCUGCUGCCCGCCUUCUUCAUGAUGGCCGCGUCCUACACCGGCAACGAUAAGACGCUCGUCAUCACCUUCUUCGCCCUGUGCGUCACAUUUCUCGGCGGGUUCUAUCCGGGUGUGAAGGUGAACUCGAACGACUUGAGCCCAAACUUUGCCGGCGUGCUGAUGGCAAUGGUUAACGGCAUCGGUGCCAUCACUGGAAUUCUUACACCGUACAUCGCGGGACUUUUAACGCCAAAUCAAACCUUGGAAGAGUGGCGCGUCGUGUUCUGGAUCGCAUUCGGUGUCCUGAACGUGACCAACAUCAUCUUCAUCCUGUUUGCGUCGGGCGAAAUACAACCAUGGAAUUAUCCUCCAGCCCCGGAGCAGCAGCAGCAGCAGCAGCAGGGAUCGUCGUAG